UGUGUAACGUUUAACAAUAUACGUUUCAAAUAAACGUUUUUUUUAUUAUUUGUUUUUUUAUGUGGAGUUUUUGUUGGAGUUGAGUUGGUACCGGCACUGUUUUUAUCAUUGUUUUUUUAUUAGUAGAAUUCGGUAGUUUUAGCUUUUUGUGUCCUCUGUGUCUUUAAAUUGGUGAAGUUUUCAUUGUGACACAGCUUAUUUACCAAAUUAUGCCCAAUCUAAUUAUUAUAAAUUAAAUUAUCGUGAUUAAGGUUAUGUCAAGUGCGCAGGAUUGUCAAUCAGGGUUGUGAUUAUCCAUCAAGGGCCCCUUUCAUUGCCCCCAGUUGAGGUAGGCAACACUGAAUUUUUCAAAUGUUUAAAUAACCCGCAAACAAUAUAUUCUUUAUUCUCAUCGAAAAUGGCUUCGAGUUCGGGCUCAAAUAGCCAAAUGGAGGCCUCGUUGAACUUGUGCACCAGCAACACGGCUCAAGAAUCCCUGAAAUGUUUCUUCUGCGACAAAUUCCUCUCAGUUCCACCGAUCUACAACCACGAAUUCGAGUCGAUUUGUGGACGUUGCAAAUUCGUCAACAAGUCUGAAGACUCCAAGUGGACCCGCCAAACCCUGUACGAGAACAUCGCGAAAUUUAUGAUUUUUCCAUGUUCGAAUGCGACAUACGGCUGCAAGGCCCAGUUGAAAUGGGGCGAAGUGGAGGAGCACGAAAACACUUGUCUUUACAAGAAGCUGAACUGUCCCUUCGCCAACGACGACGUGUUCCGCACGCAGAAGUGUCGCUGGAUGGGGUCCGGUCCUGGCCUCAAUGAGCACCUCGAGUUCUGCCACGGAGACCUCAUUAAAAAACUCCCGGAGAUGAAUUUCACCGAAACCCGGGGUAAUAGCAUUUUCCUGACCCGAACUGCGAAACAAUUAAUGAUAGUCGUGGUGAAGUGUGACCCCCCGGGGACCUUCUCCUGCAUGGUGAUGGUGAACGGGACCAGCGCCGAUUGCGAGGCCUACCGCUACCAGUUGGAGUUAUUCGACGAAAACCGGAAAAACUCCCUGAUUUUGCGCAGGGGGCGUUUGGAGGACGCAGUGGGGUUCGAGGAGAACCUAACAAACCCCGAAAAAAUGCUCGUGGUGGAGCUCUCCACUGUUAAAUCCUUGUUAAAGCACCCCCAGAUUAUCAUGGGCCGUUUUGGUAUAAUAAAAAAAUCGAAACGCGAGUUGAACUUCGGGGAGAAGCCCCAGGAGUGCCCCUUCGACGAGAACUUCCUCCGGGAGUUGGAGUGUCCCGUGUGUAAGAAUUACAUGGUGCCCCCGAUCCAGAUUUGCUGCACGGGGCAUAGUUUCUGCUCGCGGUGUCGCGACCAGAUGGAGGAGUGUCCCACGUGUCGACACCCCUUCCAGGAGGGGCGCAACUACACGCUGGAGAAACUCACCACGUGUAUCAACUACCCCUGCAUGUUCCGGGACUCCGGGUGCCCCGUGGCGUGCUCCAGUGAGAAGUUGCGGGAGCACGAGUUGGAUUGCAGCUUCUCGGGGAUUCAGUGCUUCCUGGAGUGUAGCACAGGGCCGGUGAUGAAUUUGUUUAAACAUUUGAAUGAGAAGCACCACGAUAGGUUGAUUGUCGCCGGAGAGGUGCACAUUUUGGAUUUGGGGGAGGGCGAAGUGAUGAAAUCGUUUGCGAUUUGUUUCGGGAAUGAUAUGUUUCGAUUGGCGUUGUGCUACGAUGGGGAUAUUAAAUUCUCCUUGCAACAGUUUGGGGUUAAACAGAGUUGUUACAGCUACGAAUUGGAGGUUAUUUGCACUACGGAAUGCACCGAGAGGAUUAUUUUGACGAAGGAGUGCCCCCCGAUGAGUGACAUGUUCUGGGCUAAGAGCAUCACCAUACCGGAAGAAUUGCUCCAAAGAUAUAUUUCCGAAGAAGAUUUGGUUUUCUUUAAAGUACAUUUGCGGAAAAUUGUCUAGUUUUUAAGUGCCAAAUAUUUAUUUAUGUUACUGUUGUUUGGAAUGGCUCAUUUUUUAAUAAAUUUGUAUUUUUUUGCA